UCUCCUGUCUCUGUGUCCCUGCGAGUGUUUGUUUUCCCGUGCGACUACACCGCCGUUAUCUUGUCACGGCAUUGCCGGUGCCUUGUUUAUUUAUCCCUCCGUCCGUUACAUCCUCGGUGGAUUUAAAAUGUAAUGUCAAUUAUGGCAGGGGUGUGUUAUGCUCGUUCACACGGCGUGUUGGACCAGACAGGGGCAUAUAUUGAACACGGUCGUGGUUGUCUUUUGUUUAUAUAUAUAAAAAAACGUCCUAGCCUUAAAUAAAUUAUACAAAGCAUUGCCUGAUGUUAUGACGUGAGAUGGAAAGAAUUGUAGCGUUCUUGCUCGUAAUCGUGGGUGGUUUCGGCGUGGGAUGUGUGCGCGUGUGUGCGUGCGUGCGCGUGCGAGCUUGGUCGUAAACAGCGCGGCCGAGUUGCGCUAAUUGAUGGGAGGCAGAGGCGUUGUUGCUGUCCAAACCAAACGGGGUGCUGCUGCGCGUUCAGCCGCCCCGUGCACACAACACCGGAGCCCUCUGCUCUCUUUUGUUUCGCCGCACGGUGAAGCGACCGGAGGGGGAUAUCGAGGAAUCUAUUUCCGAUCUAUUCGACGGGACGGGCGCUAAAUGUCAUUAAUGGCUUCGUGGCACAGCGUGCGCGCGGGCCCGCAGCACUAAUUCCUGCAUCGCGGAGUUAAGUUUUUUUUGUCUUGAACCGAGAGCCAAAGGAUAGUGAAAACAAGCGCAACGCCACCACCUUGUAAGAUAUUGGAGAGGAGAGCAACAACAGCUGCCGCAUAAUAAUUAGACCUCCAGGGUUCGACUGCGGAGGGAGGAGGGAAAAAACCUUGUAGCGUUCAGCCGGAGCAGGAAAUCACUGGUUGGAAGUGGCCAUUAUGGAUUCUAUGUGUUCUACCACCUUGGAAAUUCCAGUGAAUCUUAAAAAGCCAAAUCAGCAAGAUUGUGCAUCAGUGUGAUUUACAGCUGUACCUGUCUGGGGGAAGACUUCAUAAUUUAUAUCACUCUUAGGCAAGAGGUGGAACUGCAUUUCCUCCCCCCCACCCACCCCUAAAAGCUUUGAUCCGCUUUACCUUCAUAACCUAUUUCGCUGCUUAAAGGAAACCAUUAGCACUUUAGGUGACAACAAAAAUAUAUAUAUAAGUUUAAAAUAUACAAAAAAAGUGUUACAUAUUGAACGUAUACAUAAUUGCACUUCAAAUUGCGAAGAUGACACGUUCAAUGUCAUCACUGAGCUGUGCAAUCGUGUUUAGUCUGUGCUUCUUCGUGACAACAAAUCUGUCCAUGGGGCUGGAGUUCACCGGUGAAGCCGAUCAGUCGACAAGGUAUUUGAGAUGGGACCAAAGUGGAAACGGAAACCUGAGUUUUCAGUUCAAAACCAAUAAUUCCAAGGGACUCCUGCUGUACGUGGACGACGCCGGCAUCUGCGACUAUCUCGAGGUCAUAGUCACAGGUGGCCAGGUCCAGCUACGAAUAAAAAUCCACUGCUCGCAGCCGCUGAUCCACAGGGCAUCGAAGCGCAUCGACGACAACAACUGGCACGCGCUGCUCAUCAGCAUACGCCUGAAGCACAUCACUCUCGCGGUGGACGACGAGAUCGUCUCGGGGGAGGUCGUGUCCCGGGGGCAGCAGCUGAGCGUCAGCAGCGACCUCUUCCUGGGAGGAAUCCCGACGGAGGAGCGCAUCCAGCAGCUCACCUCCAAGGAGGUGAAGGGCCUGCCGCCGUUCAAGGGAUACAUCUCCAAUCUCAAGUACGGCCACUCGACGCCGAUACUCAUUAGCAGCAAGGGAGUGCGGGCCGAGUGGCAUCAGGUGUGUAAGGAGCAGAACCCCUGCAAGAAUGGCGGCGUCUGCUCUGUGGAGAUCAAGGAGGUGGUCUGCGACUGUUCCAACACUGGCUUCCAGGGCCGAUAUUGUCACGAAGAUGUCAACUUUGAGGAAGGUAUCAUGCAUCUGAUGGUGGCCGAUCAAGCUCGCGAGGAGAGCAUGGCCACAUUUAAAGGCGCCGAAUACCUGUGCUAUGACCUGGCGAACAACCCCAUUCAGAGCAGCAGCGACGAGAUCACGCUGUCCUUCAAGACGUUGCAACGCAAUGGCCUCAUCCUGCACACCGGCAAGGCAGCCGACUAUGUGAAUCUAGCCCUCAAGGACGGCGCCGUCUCGCUCGUUAUAAACCUCGGCUCGGGCGCUUUCGAGGCCCUCGUUGAGCCCGUCACGGGAAAGUUCAACGACAACAACUGGCACGAUGUCAAAGUGACUCGGAACCUGCGUCAGCUGUCAAGCAUUGGACACGCUAUGGUAAACAAACUACAUUGUCUGGUCACCAUCUCAGUGGAUGGCAUCCUCACUUCCACGGGCUAUACUCAAGAAGACUACACUAUGCUGGGCUCUGAUGAUUUCUUCUAUGUGGGGGGCAGCCCCAACACUGCCGAUCUGCCAGGGUCACCCAUCAGUAACAACUUCAUGGGAUGUCUAAAAGAGGUGGUGUAUAAGAACAGUGACAUCAAGUUAGAACUCUCUCGGCUGGCAAAAGAGAGCGAACCCAAAAUGAAAGUGGUCGGAGAUGUUUCCUUCAACUGUGAGAACGUGGCAGCUAUGGACCCGAUCACAUUCGAAACACCAGAGGCCUACAUAUCCCUGCCACGCUGGAAGACCAAACGCACAGGAUCCAUUUCCUUCGACUUCCGGACGACUGAACCCAGUGGACUCAUCCUCUUUACCCAGGGCAAACCCAGCGAGAUUAAAGACCCCAAGGGCCUCAAAAGCAUCAAAGGGGACUUCUUUGCCGUAGAGCUUUUGGAUGGGCAUCUUUACCUUUUGCUAGAUAUGGGUUCCGGUACCAUAAAGGUGAAGGCCACCGAUCAGAAAGUUAAUGAUGGCGAGUGGUACCACGUGGACUUCCAGCGAGAUGGAAGGGCAGGCACUAUCUCCGUGAACAGCCAGCGCAGCCCUUUCACCGCCAGCGGAGAGAGUGAGAUUCUGGACCUGGAUGGCGACAUGUACCUCGGAGGUCUGCCGGAGGACAAACUGGACCUCCUGCUCCCAACCGAGCUGUGGACGGCCUUGCUCAACCAAGGAUAUGUCGGCUGCGUGCGCGAUAUUUUCGUGGACGGGCAGAGUAAGGACAUCCGUCUGUUGGCCGAGCAGCAGAGCUCCGCGGGAGUGAAGCCCUACUGCGCCAAGGACUCCCCCAAGCAGUGCAGCUCGGGACCGUGUCGCAACAACGGCGUGUGCCACGAAGGCUGGAACCGCUACGUGUGCGACUGUACCGCCACGGGCUUCACCGGGCGAUCCUGCGACAGAGACGCGACGGUGCUGAGCUACGACGGCUCCAUGUUCAUGAAGGUGGUGAUGCCGACGGUGAUGCACACCGAGGCGGAGGACGUGUCCCUGCGCUUCAUGUCGCUGCGAGCGUUCGGCCUGCUGCUGGCCACGACGUCGCGCGACUCGGCCGACACGAUGCGCCUGGAGCUCGACGCCGGGCGCGUCAAACUCACCGUCAACCUCGACUGUAUCAGGAUAAAGUGUAACACCAGCAAGGGACCGGAGACCCUCUACGUUGGCAAGAACCUCAACGAUAAUGAGUGGCACACAGUGCAUGUCACUCGUCGUGGGAAGAGCCUCAAACUAAUUGUGGAUGGGAUCGCGACGGAAGGUCAAAUGAUCGGGGAUCACACACGGCUGGAGUUCCACAACAUCGAGACGGGCAUCAUGACAGAGCGGCGCUACACUUCCGUUGUACCCUCCAACUUCAUCGGCCACCUGCAGAACGUCAACUUCAACCGGAUGGGAUACAUCGACCAAUGCAAGAAUGGCGACAUCGACUACUGCGAGCUGAAUGCUCGCUUUGGCAUGCGCAACAUCAUCGCUGACCCCAUCACUUUCAAGACCAAAGUCAGCUUCCUCACACUUCCCACUCUGCAAGCCUACACCACCAUGCACCUAUUCUUCCAGUUGAAGACCACGUCGCCUGACGGGCUCAUACUCUUCAACAGUGGAGAUGGCAGUGACUUCAUCGCGGUGGAGCUCGUGAAAGGGCACAUCCACUACGUGUUUGAUUUGGGAAAUGGACAGAACCUAAUCAAGGACAGCUCGAAGAAAGUGCUCAACGAUAACCAGUGGCACAACGUGAUCAUCUCCAGAGAGCUCAACAAUGUGCACACCUUGAAGGUGGACUCCAAGUCCAGCACCCUGAACGUGAAUGGAGCCAAGAAUCUGGACCUUAAAGGAGAGCUCUACAUUGGAGGACUGUCCAAGACAGAGUACAGCAACCUUCCCAAGCUGGUGGGCUCCCGCGAGGGAUUCCAGGGCUGCCUGGCAUCUCUGGACCUCAACGGCCGCCUCCCAGACAUGAUUGAUGAGGCCCUCUACCGCAUGGGCUCCAUCGAGCGUGGCUGUGAAGCUGAGUUGAAAGCACACAUGAAAGGUCCUAGCACCACCUGCCAAGAGGACUCGUGCGCUAAUCAGGGCCAGUGUGUGCAGCAGUGGGAUAGCUUCACCUGCGACUGUACCAUGACAUCCUACAGUGGUGCUUUCUGCAAUGACCCUGGGACUACGUACAUCUUUGGCCGUGGCGGUGGCCUCAUCUCGUACACGUGGCCGCCCAAUGACCGGCCGAGCACGCGCGCGGACAGGCUCGCUGUGGGCUUCAGUACGCGGACCUGGGACGCAGUGCUCGUGAGGGUGGAUAGCGCCGCCACGCUCGGAGACUUCAUCCAACUCCACAUCGAACAUGGCAAAAUCGGAGUCAAAUUUAAUGUCGGCACAGAUGACAUUGCCGUCGAAGAGGCAAAUUCGUUGGUGAAUGACGGCAAGUAUCAUGUGGUGCGGUUCUCUCGGAGCGGUGGAAAUGCCACGCUACAGCUCGACAACCUCCCAGUGAAUGAGCGCUUCCCUUCAGGAAACAUUGAUAAUGAACGCCUGGCGCUCGCUAGACAGCGAAUCCCCUAUCGACUCGGUCGAGUAGUUGAUGAUUGGCUACUCGACAAAGGCCGUCAACUUACAAUCUUCAACAGCCAGGCCACAAUCAAAAUUGGCGGCAAAGACAACAACAAGCCAUUCCAGGGCCAGCUCUCUGGAAUCUACUACAAUGGGCUCAAAGUGCUUCAGAUGACAGCUGAGAAUGACCCCAACAUCAGGACGGAGGGCAAUGUGCGGUUAGUGGGCGAGGUGCCCUCUGUCCUCACCACUGAGUCAACCGCCACGGCACUACCCACAGAGAUGUCCACAACCAUCAUGGAGACGACAACCACCAUGGCUACCACCACAACGCGCCGAGUACGCUCACCCACCACCCGCGACUCCCUCAGCUCGGUGCGUAUCCACAUCAGCGAUGAUCUGUUGGUGGCCUCUGCUGAGUGUCCUACAGAUGAUGAGGACCUGGAAGAGUGCGAUCCCAGCCCAGGUGGGUUAGGAGUCGAUCUAGUUUACCCAGUUAUAACAGAAGACCCAUUAGAAACACCUCCACUAGCCACCCACACACCAUUCAUCCCCCCUCCCCCUACCUACCGUCCCUACUACACCGUGCUGAGCACCACCAAAGAGUCGCUGGCUCUGUCCCCUGGGGCAGCACUGCCCUGCCUCUCGGAUCAGGAUGAUGAUGACUGUACGGACAGCACUCUUGUCUCGGGCUUUGGCUCGGGGGAAAACUUUGACUCUAGCCUCCCCCCUACAGACGACGAAGAUUUUGACCGUGCCAAGGGCUUUGAUGGCAGCCAGAGGGCGCGUGCCCCCAAGCUCGACGCUAAAGGCUUUAGGCCACCAAGUGUGGGACGCGGUCGGAACCCCUCUGCUUCCCCUGACCAUUCAGGCCCCGCCGCUACGCCCGAGAUGGCGGUGCACAACCUUCCUGCUGGCAAUAUGAAGCCCUACCCAGACGGCGUCUUGCUCCCGUUCCCAACGGGCUUUGACAGAGAGAACCCAAAGCUCAGGAAGGCCCUUGUAACCUCGCCAAUGUUCCGUAAUGUGCCCACAGCUAACCCCACUGACGCCGGGCUGGGCAGGGGUGCCCCCGGCGCUCGGGAGGUCAUCCGCGAGUCCAGCAGCACCACGGGGAUGGUGGUGGGCAUCAUCGCCGCCGCUGCGCUCUGCAUUCUCAUCCUGCUCUACGCCAUGUACAAAUACCGCAACCGUGACGAGGGCUCCUACCAUGUGGACGAGAGCCGCAACUACAUCAGCAACUCGGCACAGACCAAUGGGGCAGUGGUCAAGGAGAAGCCGACGAACAGUUCCAAAGGCUCUGGCAAGAGCAAGAAAAACAAGGAGAAAGAGUAUUACGUCUAAAGGAAGGGGGACAACAGCGACACAAAAAAAAGGAAGCGAAGCCCAGAGACCGCUGGAACUCUUUAUUUGGACUGCUGACGGGUGAUUUUUGCGGUGAUGAAAUAAAGGAAAAGUGAAUAAUGGAAGGAAUUUUAAAAGUAUAUAAAUUAUGCAGAAUUUGCAUCUUAAAAAAAAAUGAAGAUGGAACACGAGAGUCUCGGGAUUGUAGGUUAUACUACUCAAGAGAAAGCAAAAAAGACUUUUCUUUCCUCGACCAUUAUGCUUAUUUGUUAUUUUCUUCCUUUGCAAAUGAACUGCCGUCAUGGACUUAUUGGUGUUCAAGAAACCAAGUGAACUUUGUCCAAAAAACUACAUAAUAUCCCUUUAAAGUCUGUGUGUUUAAUGCUUAAGCAUGUAACUGGUAUCUAAGGUGAUCAUUAAGGGGACAUUUGGUGUACAAAGACAUAAUGAUGAGAAACUGUAAAUGUUCUAGUGUUGUUUCUCAGUAAUGUUCCGUGCUGUUUGCAUUGCUGUGUAUACAAAUGUCAUUGUUGAAAGUUGCAAAUCCUCUAAAUAGAUUUCUAAGUUUAAAAGAAAAAAAAAUGGACAGCUUUAUUCUGGAGCAUUUUGCAGAACAAUUGCGUAUAACAUGUUGAAGUUAAGUGGGUGCAAAUGUUUCACAGAUGCUGUUAUGUUAGAUAGAAUUUGACAGACUGCAUAUUAGAUGUUUCUUAUAUUUCUGUUAAAGAUAAAUAUGGAUUAUAAAUGCUCAAUUGCAACCAAGCACACUGACAUAUCCAAUAAAUCAUUUGAACAUUUUAAUGCUCAAAAGAGGUUAUGAUGGAGAGAUUUGUAUUAUAUAUAGCCUAUAUAUCACAUUCCACAGAUACUUGUGAGAUACAUUUGACAAAUAAAAUCUAAUUACAUUUAAUGUACUUGUUCUAAAAAAGCACACUUUCCAUGAAAAAAAAAAUACUAAUAUUAUUUAACUUGAUUGAAAAAUAUAAUCCAGUACAAAAACAGCACAAGGGGGAGAAAAAAAGUAAAUAAUUUACUUUAUUUUUAAUCGUUAAAAUUUAAGAUAACAGUUGUUUACGUACUUAAGUAGCCAGCACAAGCUAUUAAGAUGCACCUCUCUUUACAAGGUCAAAUAAAUUACUAAAAAUAUUGUUCUUGUCGAAGCAAACUGACUUUAGUUUUGACGCAAAUCACAACUGUUUAACACCACACAGUAAAUCCAGACUUGUCGCUGAAGUUCCUAUAUUGCAUAUUGCACGCACACAUUGCACAAGUGCGCGGUCAUAGACGCGACAAACAUUUUCAUUUUGUGAAUACGACAAAAAAGUGUUAUUAAAAAAAAAUCAGUCGCACAACAAGGCCUGAACAGCUACGUGAGGAGGAGACAUUUUAGGAUGUUGUGCGUCAUGUUAUUCUGGUAGAUCGCUGUCGUCUGAUAGACUUCUAUACCUCAUUUUGUCCAUUUCACGCUUACAAGUUGCAACGUUCACGGCUGGUUUUCUUGUGGCCCAUGCCUUUGUUCCUCCUGAAGGUGUUGGGUGAUCAGCAAUGCCUCGGCUAUUCUCAUGUGUUGACCUGCCGAGGUGGCUUCCAAAUGCCGUUUUCUGUAAUACACUUUUAAUAUAAUUACUUAUACUUUUGUUUUAUACUCAUUUGCUCAUUGUUGCAACAUUUUUAUUUAUGUUUAGCAACUGCUUAGCAAUAAAAGGGUUGUUAAUCUA